AUGUUGACGACACGUCAGCGUCCAGAAACCCUUGCCUGGAGCCCGCCCGGAGUUGAUUUCAAGGUAGCUGUUGUCUCAGAUUAUGCCCACUAUUUUGAUCCAAAUGCCACCACUAAUCAAUCUCGUCUCGAAUUAUUCACAAUUGAUGAAAUUUUCCGAAAGCCGUCAGCGAAUUGUGCUUCGCAGCACUGUGUGCCAUGUCAAUAUAGAUUCAAUGAACUUUCGUGGGCACCUUUGAAAUCUGAAACUCAUCCAUCCGGCUUGAUUUUUGGAGGAACUGAAAACGGCACAGUGGUUUUCUUUGAUGCUCACAAAUUUGUUUCCAGCAAAUCUCUCUCUGUGGUGUCCUCCAGGCGGGACCACCAGGGUCAUGUGCUAUCAGUAGAUCAUUCUGCUGAUAACAGAUGGGCUAUUUCUGUAGGCGGAGCAGCACAACUGCUGCUUUGGGAUCUCACCAAUUUAGCGACGCCUUUUUCCCCCGGAACUUCAAAUUUCACAGAUCAGGUGAAAAAAGUGCGAUGGAAUCGAUCUAUGGACAACAUACUCAUUUCCUUAUCAUCACAUCGUGCAAGCCUAUGGGAUAUGCGAAGACCGGGAGGACCAAUUCUGGAGUUUGCUGAGAUUGGAAGCGGAUGUGAUUGGGCGGAUAUUUGCUGGAAGCCGAUCGAUUCCUCCACAGUCAUUCUCUGCAAUCAAAUGGCAGCAGCACCAGGCAUCCAAAAAUGGGACCUACGAUAUCCUACGGGUCCAGUGAACGAGUUUCAUAUACAUGAUCGAGGUGUUACGGCAAUGGAUUGUUUGUUAACGGACAAGUUUUUGGGUUGGCGGUACAGAGGCGAACAGUUCUGCAAUAUUUCUCCGAAAAGGAUUUUGGCUGUCCCUGUCUUGUGCUGGGAAUGUAGGUAA